GUUAGUGUCCCAUACUGUAUCUGCAGUACUCAAGCAGAAAGGAGGCCAUUGGUUGUCACCUUCCAGAUUCCUAAAGUACGAGGCAAUACUAGCUGAGUCAGAUGAUGUAACCAUACAAGUCACUAACAUUGUGAAUCCAGCCUCAUUUCUAGAAGGAAGAAUGCCAGCAGAACCACUCGAGCACGACUACCUGGAGACCAUUGAAGCUGUCCACUCCAACCGCCUGGAUCUCAAAGAAGAACCGCUUGAAGAUACGGACAACUGGUUCUCCGACAGCAGCAGCUUCGUGAAACAGGGAGUAAGGAUGGCAGGCUAUGCAGCGACCACAACGGAAGAGGUAAUGAAAUCAAAUUCUUUACCUGCAGGGACUUCAGCCCAGAAAGCAGAACUGAUAGGUCUUACCCGAGCUCUGGAAUUGGCAGAAGGCAUAAAGAUAAAUAUCUGGACAGAUUCAAAAUAUGCCUUCUCCAUCGUGCAUGCUCAUGGAGCAAUUUGGAAAGAAAGAGGACUGCUGACUGCCCAGGGGAAAACUGUCAAACAUGCAGAAGAAAUUCUACAAUUGUUAGAAGCAGUCCAACUCCCAGCACAAGUGGCCAUAAUGCAUUGCAAGGGGCUCCUGAAAGGUAACACUGUUCCAGAAAUAGGGAAUAGGAAAGCUGACGCAGAAGCUAAAUUAGCUGCUGCAAGAACUGGGGAAGUGAACAUAGCAACCUUAGUACCAGGGGAACCCGAUACUAACUUCCAACCAGAUUGUCAGGAAUCAGAUCAUAGAUGGAUUCAAAAGAACAAAGGCAAAUUGUUAGACAAUGGAUGGGGACAGUUAGAAACAGACAACUAAUAAUACCAGGGAAAUUAAUGUGGCAAUUUAUAAAAACAGAACAUGAAAAAGCCCAUUGGAGUUUAGAUCCACUUUAUCAGUAUUUACAGGCCAGAAUAGCAGGACCAAAAUUGUUCACCACCAUAAAGCAAGUCACAUCCCGGUGUGAACAAUGCCUGAAGAACAAUCCAAAUACAGGAACCAAAAUACGUCACGGAGCAAUAAACCGAGGCAAAUUCCCAGGUGAAGUAUGGCAAAUUGAUUUUUCUGAACUCCCAAGAAAAGGGGGGUAUCGAUAUUUAUUGGUGUUGACUGACACAUUUUCUGGGUGGCCUGAAGCAUACCCCUGCAGGACAAACAAAGAGAGAGAGGUAACUAAAGCUUUGUUAAAUGAAAUCAUGCCAUGGUUUGAGGUACCAAGAACUAUCUCUUCAGACAGAGGAUCACAUUUUUGUGCAAAGGUUGUGAGAGUAAUAAGCAAAGCACUGCAAAUUAAAUGGCAAUUGCAUAUGCCCUACAGGCCACAGGCCAGUGGACAGGUGGAAAAUAUGAAUCAUCAAACAACAAGUUGCUAAAAUAUGUCAAGAGACUAAUUUACAAUGGUACCAAGCUUUGCCUAUUGCUCUGAUUGGGUUGAGAGUUAAAAACCUCAAUCAAAAGAGAAACUAAGCCCAUAUGAAAUACUGUACGGUUGACCUUAUGCUAUGCAAAUUGUAAAUAGCGAUGCUGUAGAUCAAAUAGGUAAUCAGUAUAUAUAUGAUUAUGUAAUUGCUGUAGGAAAACAUUUUGAUAAAAAUGCUGCUGUAAUAGUAGAGCACCAGCCCAAACAACCUGAUUGUAAACUGCAUCUGUUUAAUCCCGGUGAUUGGGUGUAUGUUAAGAAUCUUUUAGGAAAACCCCUACAAGAGAAGUGGGAGGGACCUUUCCAAGUGCAGCUGACCACCUUCACCACGGUUCAGAUAAAGGAGUGACCCACAUGGAUCCACUAUUCUCGAGUUAAGAAAGCUCCAGAGGACAAGCAAGAAGACCCGACAUAAUGAAUCCAGCCCUCUCUCUAAUCCUCUCAGUGCUGACCAUUGGACUCUCGAUAAGUACUAUCGGACUUGCGAAUCAUACUGCUGAAUAUUUUCUUAAAAUUGCAGACUAUACUGGGGAUAUCAGUAAAGAGGUAGCACAUACUAUUCAGUGCACCCAAACACAACAAUGGGUACAGUCAAUGGCAGCAGGAAUCUUGAGAGAAGGAGCAUCAGGUACACUACCUCAGGAAAUAAGAGAAAUGAUACUAAGAAAUAGCUCUACCAGUCAGUUUGAGAAAGAUCACCAAGCCUGGUGGCAACUAGUGAAUUUUACAUACAAUCCACAACACUAGC